AUGGCCGAACACCCAUCUCCGCUCGUCAUCAGCGAAGCCAAGACCAGCAACCGCCCGUCCGACUCUCUGCGCAGUCCAACAUACCGCACCCGGGAGCACCUGCUCUCUCAAACCUCAUCCUCGGUGUUGGCGUCGGUGGCAGACGACACUAGCCUGUCAAGCACGCCCGACUUCCAAGAGGAAGAAGGGGUACAGGACCUGGGGACGAUUGACUUCUUCAGUGCACCGCCACGCAGCGGAAAGUUUUUGCCGCUGAUCGAGUGGCUGCUGCGCCGUGGCGAGCGCGGUGACGUCGGCGCCCUCACGGCAUCGCAGAAGGACAGCGACGAGCACACGCAGGCGAGCUUCUUCAACGAGGACUACAUCCUGAAGUUGUGCGCUGCGGCGACGACGGUGCUGGUGGAGGAGCCAGCGCUGCUGGAACUGGAGGUGAUAGCGCACGACACGCUGGUGGUGGUGGGCGACAUCCACGGCCAGUUCCAGGACCUCUACACGAGUGUGCUCUGCCAGCAGUACGACCGGCGCCGGUGCAACCCCGAGGGACGCGAUCACCGCUUCCUGUUCAUGGGUGACUACGUGGACCGCGGCCCGCACAGCCUGGAGGUGAUGCUGCUGCUGCUGGCGCUGAAGGUGGAGUACCCGACGCUAGUGUACCUGACGCGUGGCAACCACGAGGAGGAGAAGACGUCGCGCGUGUACGGCUUCUUGACGGAGGUGACGACGUCGCUCGGCGCCGCGGCCGGGACGGCGGUGUGGAGUGCCGUGAACAAGGUGUUCCUCGACCUGCCGCUGGCUGCGAUUGUGCAGACACUGUACAUGCGCUUCUUUGUGACUCACGGCGGCCUCUCGCCGGGCUUGCAGAGUGUGGAGGAGAUCGCGAGCAUCGAUCGGCACAACUACAGCAGCGGCAACGUCACGGCCGCGGAGGAUGACCUUAUCACGGGCCUUCUCUGGUCUGACCCAACGAACGAGAUGGCCAUGUACAAGCAGAACCCCCGCGGCUGCGGCUUUUUGUUUGGCCCAUCCGCCUCGAACCGAUUCUGCGCCGACAACAACUUCGAUUUCAUCUGCCGCGCGCACCAGGUGGCAAUGGACGGGUACUUCUGGACGCACAACGACCGCGUCGUGACGGUCUUCUCCGCACCGAAUUACUGCGGCGUCAACGGGAAUAAGGGAGCCGUGCUUCUUAUAAAGGGGUGCUCCCGGCGGCCCAUAGUGCACCAGUACGGCAGCGCAGACAAGAGCGAGGCCGCACCAUCCCGCAAGGCAGACUUUGUGUACGCUGACAUGUUCACAUGA